GCUAAUGAGAAAAAGAAACUAGAAUCUUCAUGUGAAAUUAAUGAAGAUCAAUAAUAUUUCCUUCGAUUUCUGCUUGAAAUUGUUGUUUUAAAAUUACUUUGUAGGGUUUUUUUGUUUGUUUUUUAGCUUUUAAGGAUAAUCAUGACAUUUCUCAUCUAUCUGACUCUACUGACAACAGCCGUCAUCACACAGGUGAUUGCUCGCUGCCCUGCGGUGUGUGAGUGCCCCGCAGAGCCUCCGGUCUGCCCUCCAGGCGUGAGCUCCGUCUCAGACAGGUGUGGAUGCUGCAAGGUGUGCGCUGCACAGCUUAACCAAGAUUGCAGCCCUGCGAGGCCUUGCGACCACCACAAAGGGCUGGAGUGUAAUUAUGGCAAUGACGUGACCAUGGCCUGGGGCAUAUGCCGAGCAAAAUCGGAGGGACGCACGUGUGAGUACAAUGGAAGGAUCUACCAGAAUGGCGAAAGCUUCCGUGCUGGAUGUAAACACCAGUGCACCUGCAUUGAUGGCGCUGUUGGCUGCGCGCCUCUCUGUAGCAACAAGCUGCCACCAGCUUCACCAUCCUGCCCCUACCCACGCUUGGUUAGGAUACCUGGGCAGUGCUGCUUCACUGUCGACUGCAAUAAGGGCACAUGGCGCCUUCCACCUAAGCAUCAGGUGCAUCCUCCACAACAACACCCGCACAGACCUCGGCUCCAUCCAGUGCCGCCCCACCCUGAAAAUGACCUGGUCCUAGCCAACCAGCUUACAGACGUCAAACCCAGCAGCUGGCACAGUGAGCGUGGCUACAAACACUUGCCUGUGUGGAGCCCGCUGAAGGAGAACAAGUGUGCAGUACAGACCACCGACUGGUCCCCGUGCUCUCGCAGCUGUGGGAUGGGUGUUUCUUCUCGUCUCACCAACAAGAACCCUCAGUGCAAGAUGGAGAGACAGACCAGAAUCUGCACCAUACGGCCGUGUCACAGCCUGGCGGUCCCAGCUAAGAAAGGGAAAAGCUGCUCCCCAACUGAGAAAGUCGCAGAGCCAAUCCACCUGUCCUAUGGGGAAUGUGUGAGCAUCCGCCUCUACAGGCCCAACUACUGCGGCGUGUGUACGGAUGGACGGUGCUGCUCGCCACGUCGCACCCGCACCGUGCCUGUGACCUUUGCGUGCCCGGAUGGUGAGCGGUUUCAGAGGCUGUCCAUGUUGAUCCAGUCAUGUAAAUGCAGCAGUGAUUGCGGCCACCUUAAUGAAGUGGCCCUCCCUCCUCAGCACUGGAUGUACGGAGACACUCACAAGUUCACAGACUAGAAUUGAAUUGAGGGUCUUUUUUUUUUUUCUUGCUUGGCUUUUUUUUCCCUAUUUGACUUUAAUGUGACGAGGUUUGUUUUCUUAAAGAAGAAAGCCGCUUGAAGACGAGGAGCCAUUUUUUUUCUCACCUGGCUCCAAGUGAAUGAAGGCCUCAGGCCACCCGCCUCACUGCAGAGACCAUAGGCAGGAAGGACUGCCUUGGUAUUAUUCAUCUUAAAGACAACCCAUAUUAUAAUAUCUGUGACCCUGUGCUCCUGUUCAAACUGAUGUGGGACUUAAAUUAGAGCCCCGAAAUACUCUGAACUUCCUGCAUUUCCUAAGUCCUGCUUCAGGAUUUGAGACUCUCCAAUCAGCCUGAGAGGACAAAUGCUACAAAAGCAACAAAGCACUUUAUUUAUUUAGCACUGAAACUUUGUGAGCAGUGCACAAGAAUCUGACAGGACUGCCUUACCCACAGACGGGUGACAAAUGAAAGGGGAGGAAAAAGGUGUUGAGCCACUAUGUGCUGCCAGCACAGCUUCACUGUGCCUUGAAGUCUCUAAUGGUCUGUUGGAGGGAUCUUUCUAAUCAUUUCCCUCAUUUGGUAAUGGUGACAGAGAGCCCUGUCAUAUUGGUCCCAAGCCUCCGAUUACAAUAUUGAGAUUUAGUGACUGUAAAGCCAUGUUAUAUCAUUCAUGCCCUGGAUAUUGUCAACGGGUUAAAGGUGAUCACAAGUUUUUAAUUUGACCCUUUGCUGCCAGUUUCUUUCACUGUAGGGGCCAAAGAUUAUAAUUUGUCACCCAUUUAUUAAUCUUUAGCUCAACAUACUGUAAAUACUUCAUAUCUCCCAGUGCACUGUGACGACUUGCUGACAACCAGCUGAAUUAACUUUUGCAGUUUUAUGUAGAAACCUAGAGGAUGUUAUGCAAAUGUGGAUGACUUGUUUUAUUCAAAACAGAAAAUCACCAUGGUGUUAUAGCUAUAUCUCUCUAUAUGGCAUGAUGCCAUGUAAAGCACAUGAGUGAAUUCCCUUGAAACUCACACUGUUAGAUAAGAGACAUUAUCUUUAACUGAUAAGAAUUCAGGAAGAACUGAAUCAGAGCCAAUUGCCUUGGUUUAGCAUUUAAUACAACUUAGAUAAAUUUAUUAGCCAAAUAAAUGUUUUCUUGAUGUUGGAUCACAGUGUAUUCUGCAAAACACAUUUCUUGAUUUUGAUCCAAGACUGUAUACAAUCGUGUUCUAUUAUAGAUUAAGACACUGUACAGUGUAGCAGUCACCAGUUUUUUGUUGGUCGAUCUAUGUGAUAAAACUGGCUCCUGUGCUCAAGCUUCAUGUGACGUUUUAUUUUAAUUCAACUUUGACGGUUUCAAAUUAAGUUUCUCCACAGUGCAACAUCACCAGCUGUUUAUCAACAGUGGAUACCUCCUCAAACUGUGUGAUAGCGCCCUCUGCUUGUGGGUAUCAAUAUCUGCAGAUGCCAAGCUAUGUCUGAGUCACUCCUGUUAUAGUUUUAUAUGUAAUGU